GAAACACACACACGCGCCAACAAUGUUUUCUGCUGUUUUCGCUAGUUGAAGUGACUUUGUUCACGCUUUGAACGAGGGGGGCGGUUUCCUGUUCAGAUUUAAGGUUGCCGUCAGAGAACAGAGUCCUUUAAGCGAUUUUCUGGAGAAAACCGCAGCAGUUUAGGAGCUCUUGUUAGCCUGCUAAGGCUAAAAAGCGAGCUAACAGCCAGAUCCGCUAUUGUCAGAGACGACGUCGUCCGAGGAAACUAAACUACCUCCCGCCUCAACAUGAUGCUCGAUUAGAGCCUGGUGCGUACGAGGAUAAUUGAUGGAGACGCGACUCUUCGGAUGCUGAGACAUCUGCACGUCAUCUUCUCCCAGCGAGCUCGCAACUAGCCAGGAAAGGUUAAGACAAUCAGAGGCAACAUACAAGUGCCUCCAUAAUACGGUUUCCUCUCCCAGAGUGUGACUUGUCUGCACAACGUCACCAAUGCGACCAUGGGAAAUAGCAGUAAAUAGGCUGCCACCAACAGCCCCCUUAAACCCGAGGAGGUUCCUUGGAGAGCCUUGCAACACCCCAGUGCAUCUCAGGAGAAGCCCGCCAGUGAGACGCCAGUGGGGGAGACGAGACAGACCUGUACUGCACACUUCCCCAGUCCAAGAUGAGAACUUCCAUCAGCUGCUUUUCUCCCAGCAUCACCAACAGGUUACUUUAGAUGAGUCCAGACAGUAUAGCCACACCAGCACAGCACCACGCAUGCUUCACCCUGCUGCCCAUCUGCCCCAGCAGAGCCCCAUCAUGGUGGAUCUGCAUGACCAGAUGCACCAAGGAUCCGUUCCAAUAUCAUACACUGUUACAACGGUGACGACCCAUGGAUUUCCCAUCCACACUGGGCAGCCUCUUCCAGGGUGCAACACUCAGCAGCUCCCAGCAUGCUCGGUAAUGUUCAGCGGACAGCUCUCUCUGCUCUGCUGCCUUCCUCCUCCUCUCAUACAGGCAUGUACCAUGCAGCAUAUACCUGUGUCUUAUCAAGCCUUUCCACCCCUGCUCUCCAACGAGCAUUUUGUAUUGCACCCAACCCCAUCCGCGCCCCCCCACCAGCCGCCGCACCUUACUCCUUUGAGCCAAUUUGUCCCUUUACAGCCUCAGCACCCACGCAUGCCUCUGCAGAGGGUAGAGAAUGAAGUUGACCUAAGAGGAGACCAGCACCCAUUAGGCACCUUCUCCUACCCCCCGUCUCAUCACCCACCAGCGCUGCCUCCUUCACUGCCCCUACAGUAUCUUCCGCAAGAGCCUCUGCAUCAGGAGCUUCCCUUCGGAGUGCCAUAUCCCCACGUGCUGCCGCGGCGAGUGAAUGGACAGAGAUAUCGGCUGCAGCAGCCUCUCCCACCUCCUCCUCCCCCUCCGUCUUACUACCCAGGCUUCCUUCCUUACUUCCUGUCGAUGCUUCCUGUGCCUCCAACAGCAGUGGGCCCAGCCAUCAGCCUGGAUCUGGACGUGGACGAUGUGGAGAUGGAAAACUAUGAAGCAUUACUGAAUUUGGCAGAGAGAUUGGGUGAAGCCAAACCACGUGGACUCACAAAAGCAGAUAUAGAGCAACUUCCGUCCUACAGAUUCAACUCAGAGAAUCACCUGUCUGAACAAACGCUGUGUGUCGUGUGCUUUAGUGACUUUGAGUGUAGGCAGCUACUUCGGGUAUUACCUUGUAAUCAUGAAUUCCACGCCAAGUGUGUAGAUAAAUGGUUAAAGACCAAUCGUACUUGCCCCAUUUGCCGAGCUGACGCCUCGGACGUACACCGGGAGGUGGAGUGAGAACAGACUCCGAGUGCGGAACUGGAAAUCCUGACACACCAGAGCCUGUCUCUACGCCGGGGGCACCUACCACCCAACCCGCGUCCUCCAGUAAAUACAGCUUAACAAAACCCACGACUCCUGCCCCUCCCGAAACAAUAACCGGUCCAGGAUUUUCUUCUGGAACUCGUCGUACCACUGCUGUGCUUCAUUGUCCGAGUGUCAUGAAACCCACUGCCUACUGCAGCCUAUAGCCAGAGUUCUGGGAUCUCCAGCCAGUUCUUUCUCUGCCCCCGUGUUGCAGAUUCCAAAGAUUUUCCCUACACUGCAUUAUUUGCUGCUUUUGUUUACAGGGUUUCAUUUAUAUAUAGUGGAUUUGGUUGUGGUGUUCAUGAAACGUGGGAGUCUCGCAUUGUAGGAGACGAGUCGGAAGCCUGGAGGAUGACAGGCUGGACACUUUGUGCAAUUAGCAGAAAACAAAUAGGAGUACUUUGAAAGUGGGUAUCUGUGUUUGGAGGCUACGCCGAACCAUCAUAGAUGCAUGUUUGUGUAGGUGUUGGCUAAAGCAACUUGUUAAUAAUGUAUUUUCUGCAAUAAUGUAUUGAUCCUUUUCAAUGGUUUUACCCCUUUAUUUGUUUUAACUUUUGCCAAUGCUAUUGUGAAAGUGUGACUUGCUGUGGUUACAUGCAGAUUCUGUUAAGCCUGAGGUUAUGGACUGCACGUGAUGGGACAUGCAGCUGCAGGGUAUCUUCUAGCCCUGACGAUGCACUCUGGAACACAGAUCUGCACAAAGCAGUCGAGGAUUAAUGGACUGCGCCUUUUUGAGGUUAUCUGGCAUAACUGCACAAGUGCUACAUCCACCUUCCUUGUCAGCGUUGUUCCUGCGGUGUGUGCGCGCGCGUGUAUGUGUGUGUAUUGUGCGUGUAUGUGUGUGUAUGUUUGUCCUGUUCACAGAGCCAAUGCAUUGUGUAACCACUGGAUACAGGGCAGCAUGCUAGAAUUUGCAUGAACUGUUGAUUCAGACUAGCAAUAUUUUAAUCAAGCAUUGCCACCAAAAUUAUCCGAUUUUAAGAAAAAGAACAAAGAAGCAAACUAAAAGAACUGCUUGCUCACUCUGAACGCGCCAUGAGGGAAGACUAGCAUGUGGUUACACCCCGAAUGUGUUUUAAGAAUGAAGUUUUUGCUGAUGCCAUAGAGCUGUGACGGCCUGUGCAGAAAGCAAUAUGUGCAGCGAGCGGUGAGUUUUAAAUGAACAUUUUCUUCCCCUUUUAGGAAGACUUGGGCUUUUUAUUUCCUUUGAUUAUGAGCCAAAUUCAAUAUACAUAUAUAGCCUACUGUUAAAAUUUCAAAUCUGCCUUUUUAUGACCUUGACAAGCACAAACCUGUUACUAAUUCAGAGAAUACUUUGUCAUUUCCACUUGUUUUAAACGUUUUUGAAAUGGUUUAUUUAUAGGUUUUAUCUUGGAGAGAAAAAUCAUGGAAGGAAACCGUUGGGGCACUAACAACUUGUGUGUAGGAUAUGAAAUGAUGUGGUAAAUUAAAUCCGGUCGUCUUCUUAGACUAAUGGUGUUGGAAAAGAGAGCAAGUGUACGUCUAGCUUCAGUGAAUGCUUUUAGAUAAACGUUUGAAGACAGACGAAUGUUGAAACCCCUCGUAGAAGUCGCUGGUGACGCUCCACGUAACAGCAGCUGCCUGUAUUUCACAGCGGUCAGAUCUGGCUGGGAGUGAUGCAGAGCUGGAGUGCUCAGUAGUGUAGAAACACUGUUCAGACUUCUCGUGCCCUGCUUGUGUGAACACUAUAAAAGGACAUAUUUGGGGCGGGAGGGGGAAGAAAUGAACUCUGCUUUGGAUUAACGCUCUUCUUUUAACUGCCUCAGUAAGCACUAACAGGCAGUUGUAACCUUUGCUUUGAUGUGUAAAGGCAUCUAGCCUUUUUCUUUACUUUAGUUUCUUAAGUGAAUGUGAGUCUUUGACGUGUGCCACCUUCAAGAGGAGAAAAAAAAAAAAAGAAGCCAUUUAAUAAGUUAAACCCACAGCUUUGAGAAUUAACCUAUGUGUACAUAUCUAUUCGCUGGCAUAUAUUGUACGUUUUUAAAAAGAAAAAAAAAUCACUCAGGGCCUCUCGGUAUAUAAAAGUAAAGGAGAACAGUCCAUUUCAAAUGGAAAGAAUGCCAUGAAAAGGGUAUAUCUGAAUUUACUUUGGUCGUUUUCCUCAGACCAUAAAUGAUUUAAUGUAAUCAAUUAUAAUAUUCCGUUUUGUCUGAAAUAGUUGAUAUUACUCUGUUUAAAGACAGGCAUGCAAGGAGAAAAAAAAAAAAAAAAAAAAGAUCGGUAAAUAUGUUAACAAUAUUCACUGAAAAGAAGCAAUGUACACUGCAAGUCAUUACAAGUGUAAUAUUCAAGCCUGUUUGACUUUUGUUCAUGUACUCGAACCAUAUGUUCAGACAUAGCGGUUGUGAUCCCAUCUCUAAAUGUGCCACCGUGCACACUAUCCUACCUAAUUCACUCCUAAAUCGACUUAAGAGGUGUUUGCAUGACUUUAGAGAAAAAAAAAAGAAGUAAAACAAGUGAUAUAGUGCAGGAUAUCUUAAAAUCUGGCGGGGGACCUAUUUAAUGGUGCACAAUAUGCAUGCUUGUCAACCAGAUCCCAACUGAUUUAUUUUUUUCUUUCUUUUUUUUAAUUUUAAUUUUAAAUUUUCUUUUUAGCUCUAGUUGGCUUUGGGUUCUGGGAGUUUGGAUCUUAACGCUCAGCUGAUAACUGCCAUGCAUUGUACUGCACACAUUUGUAAUAGAACUGAAUGACUACAAGAUUUUAUUGCGCUAACUUCAUUUUAUAGAAAAGAAAUGGAAAAAAAAAAACUGGUCUUGAGUCCAGAAAUUCUUACAUACAUUGUGUUACUGUUAUUGCCCUAACGACUGAAAAUGACAUGCUCUGAAACUACUGUAGUCUAUCAAAAGCCAUAGUGAAAAGGUGCUAGAUGUUCUGCUUUUAGGUAUGAAAACUCACUUGCGUGAAUGCAAUAGUUUGUCAUGGAUCUCAUGUAUUCUUGAAGCAUGUUAUACCAAUACCCCUAAACAAUGUCAGUGAAAAUCUAUAUAGUUUAAGGGAUUAAAAAAAAAAGAAAAAAGAAUAAAGUGUUGUCAUACUUAUUUCAGUGUAGUACUGUAUCUGCCUAUCAGGCUGUUGCUCUGAGUGUAUAAAUAUCUUAAAAUAUAUUGUUCACAUAUAGAUACCUUUAAUUAAUGUUAAUGUUGGCACUAUUCUGUUUGGGAUAAAUAUUUAAUUGACAAUAUCCAGCUACCCUCUUAAAGAAAAAAAGAAGAAAAAAAAAAGAAAUUCCCAUUAAGAUCUAGGCAAUGAGCUAAUUUUUAAUGACACCUGAGAAUAGAGUCUUGUAGUCUUUCUGUUAAGAGUUAAUGAAUAAUCUCACAGCUUGUGUGGUGCAAAAAUGUUUUCCAAUAAAUAAGCAGCUAAAAGUUUAUUUAGGAUUUGUGAUUGAUUGCUCCGUAGAUGCCAUUCCUUGUUUACCAAUGAUUUGUUUUUCUUUUCCACUGGUGGGAUAGUGGUUUACUGUUCUUACUCUCCGCGGCCUCCAGGGUCCUCGCCUGAACGCCAGACUACCCACCACCACCAGAGCCAGGGGCAUGUGUUCUGUGUUAGGCAGAUGUUUUGCUUUGGUACUUGCACAUUUACAGUUACCUCAUUUUUUCCAUGUUUGUAUCGGGGGGUGGGGCGGGGGGAGAAAACAACUAAUAUAUAUUAUAUAUAGGAAAUGGUUGUUAUUAAUGUUAUAAUUUUUCAUUCCAUUGGAAUCAUAUUGUUUGUAGCAUUUAACAUAACUAGUUAGUGUAUUAUAUAUACACACAUCUGUAUACUGUUUGAAAUUUUUAAGAUUUGUACUUUUUUUAAAUGAAAGUUGCUAGUUAUGCUUUACCAAGUAGUGCAAUCAUUUUUUUUUUAAUUGUUGUGGCUGAUUUGAGAGGGUUGUUCACUAAUAAAUGUAUGACGUAUACCAAUA